CCACGUGACCUUCACACUCUGAGCGUCAGCUGAGCGCGUGCGCGUGAGAUUGUACGUGUGUUUAUUUAUUUCUUAGCCAAGUAUUUUGUCUUUCAACCGGUGUAGGGAUUAAAACAUCGACGAUCCAAGAUGAUCUGAAGAAAGAGAAGGUGGAGAGGGGCUGGGAUGGCGGUGUGUGCUCUAACUGUGCUUGACGGGCUCGGGGAGGAGGCCACGACUUUGGGCAGCGUGGUUGUCCUGUUCCUGGCUGUGGUUCUUGCCUGGCUGUCUACCCACGUGGCCGACCGUGGAGAUCACAUUCUGGGUACUAUUCUCACCGUGGGUGCCCACGCCUCCCUCAUCGGCCUCGGGGGUCACGACAGCUACGCGAACCCCCCACCCAGCUCAGAGCCCAGCGAGCAGCUGGACGAAGAGCCCGCUGAGGAGGAGAAACAGGAAGAGGGCGAGGCCCGGCCGGAUGGGCGAGAGGAUGUGCCUGGAGAAGAGCUGCUGGAUAUUCAGGGUGGGAGGAAGAAAGUGAGCUAUGUUCAGGCUGAGGAAAGGGAAGAGGGGAAAGAGGACGAGAUGGAAGAAGAGGCGGAGGAUGAGGCCACCGGUAUCACGGUGAGACUGAAGUUCCUGAAUGACACAGAGGAGCUGGCAGUACUCAGACCACAGGACACCGUUGGACUGCUGAAGAGUAAGUACUUCUCUGGCCGUGAACAUCAGAUUAAGCUCAUCUACCAGGGUCAGCUGUUGCAGGAUCCUCAGCGCUCUCUACUGUCCCUCAACAUCACCCACAACUGUGUCCUCCACUGUCACGUCUCUCAAGCCCAGGCGCUGCGUGAAGCGGCUGCAGAGGAGAGCCCUCGAGCUGGGAGGGGCUCCAUGCUCAGCGGGGGGCUUCGCUCGGCCGGCUUGGCUCUCAGCACAGGAAGCCUGGUGAUCCCCCUGUUCGUGGUGCUGCUCGCUGUCAUCUGGUACUUCCGAAUCAACUACCGCCAGCUGUUCACUGCCCCGGCCACCAUCUCUUUGGUUGGGGUCACAGUCUUCUUCAGCUUCCUCAUCUUCGGCAUGCACAGUCGAUGAGAAGAUGGAUGAAAAGAGGAAUGAUGCCAAUAUUAGGGAAGAAGGAAAACCAAACAAUAGGACAUGAAAAUAAUCAAUCAGUGGUAGCCGAGAAAGUUCUCAGGGAGUUCUUGAGGGUUCUGGUGCCAUGGAAGUCGUGUGUGUGUGUGUGUGUGUGUGGUGAGAGUGUGUGCUAGUGCUUUCAGCUUAAUUCGUGAGCAGCACAAAGUAAUACUGCUGAAUAAUUUAGCUUCUUGGGGGAAAAAAUAGCUUUAUAAUUAUUCAAUCUCAGCCUGAAGUGUAGCUUCUCCGUGUAAGGAGAAGUCAGGAUCCCAUGUCUGACUGGUCUUUUCAUUUAGAGGAAUCGCAAAUUGUCAACUGAUUGGUUUUUAUCAAUGAAUGUGACUCUUCUUCUAUGAUAAAAGCACUACUAUCUUCUGUAGUAGCAAAAAAUGUCAUAUGUUUAAAUGUUAAUACACAAAUAACAGAUGUGAUGUGCUAGUUAGCAGAUAUUUUGAGACAUCGAUUUACUCAAACUCAUGUUUGAUGUUCAUGAUCGGAGGAUUUGUUUAUUUUGCCAGUGUCACUGAAGUCUGUAUUUGUUUCAUACUUAUU